GCUUUCGUUUCAGGCGCCGCGGGGCCGGGCAGCCGCGCCAUGGCCCGCUCGCCGCCGGAGCCGGGCCUGGCGGUGCUGGAGGAGGAGCUGACCUGCUCCAUCUGCCUCAGCCUCUUCAGCAGCCCCGUGACCGUGCCCUGCGGGCACAACUUCUGCGGCUCCUGCCUGGAGAGCGCCUGGGCCGGGCCGGCGGCGGACUUCAGCUGCCCGCAGUGCCGCGCCACCUUCGCGGGCCGCCCGCAGCUGCAGAAGAACACGGUGCUGUGCCGGGUGGUGGAGCAGCUCCGGGGCUGCGCGGGGGCCGGGGAGCGGGAUGGGGAGGGGGAGCGGGAGGGGGAGGCGGGGAGCGCGGCCGGGGACGCCCCCGGGGACCUCCCGGUCCGCUGCGACAGCUGCCUGCGGGCGCCGGCGGCGCGGACCUGCCUGACCUGCACCGCCUCCUUCUGCGCCGAGCACCUGCGGCCGCACCAGGACAGCCCGGCCUUCCGCGACCACCAGCUCUGCGCCCCCCUGCGCGACCUCCAGCGGCGCAAGUGCCCGCAGCACAACAAGCUCCUCGAGUUCUUCUGCCGGCAGCACGGCUGCUGCAUCUGCUCCCUCUGCCUCCUCGGGCACAAGCUGUGCGACACCAGCCCCCUGCAGCUGGCCAAAGCCAACGCCGAGUCAGCGCUGAAGAAGAGACUUGUGGAGCUGCAUAAUCAGUGUGAAAAAGCUGCUCAGGCAAUGAAGGCUGUGAAAAUACAUCAAAGCCAAACUAUUGAGACAGCUUCCAGAAAGAUCAAUUUGAUCAGAAAUGAGUUUUCAGAAAUUAAAGCUUUAAUUGAAGAAAGAGAAAAUCAGAUUUUGAAAGUAAUUGCAGAUGAAGAAAAAAGAGUUUGGAAAAAGUUUGAUUAUAUUUAUGGUGUUCUGGGAAAUAAGAAGAAUGACAUUCAGUCUCUGAGAGAUCAGAUUGAGGUGGCACUGACUGAACAGGAUGACGUUCUGUUUUUGAAGAAAGCAGCAGCACUGCAACGAACACCAACAAAAAACGCUUUCAUUCCUGAAGUUGAAAUGGACCAAAACCUGAUACAUUCCACUUGCCAGUCUGCCAUUAACCUUAAAGACACUGUGAAACUUGCAGUGACUCAGUGUAGGGAGGAAAGAGUGGAAGCAAAACUAACACCUAGGAAAACCAAAGCCCCUCCACUAGCUUCUCCAAACAGAACCUUUGUUGGAAGACAGACACUGGGACCAUAUCAUGCCUCCAAAGAGAAGAACUUUCCCCAGACUCCAGCCGCUUCACAGGUCGAGGCAGAUACCAAGGAGAAAAAGAAACCUGGUAAAAUUGCACCAGACGUGGGAACACCGAAUGCUGCAGCUGCCGUUUCAACCAAGGAGCUUAUUGACAGCUUUCUGAAGAAAUCCAGAGAGGAGCUUUUGCAGUAUGCUGUUAACGUCAUGCUGGAUUGCAACACAGCUCAUAACAAAGUGAUUCUGUCUGACGGAUACACCAGGAUGUCUGUCUCAGACACCUCCCUGAAUUAUAAUAACAGCCCUCAGCGCUUCACCGAUUGUUUCCAAGUUCUGGGGUUGCAGUGCUUCAAGAAGGGCAUCCACUACUGGGAAGUGGAACUGCAACAGAGUAACUUCUGUGGCAUUGGCAUCUGCUACGGCAGCAUGGACCGGCAGGGGCCCGAGAGUCGCCUGGGGAGGAACAGCAGCUCUUGGUGUAUUGAGUGGUUUAAUUCCAAAAUAUCAUCCUGGCAUAAUGAUGUUGAGAAGUGUUUGCCUGCUGUGCACGCUACCAAGAUCGGUGUGCUGCUCCACUGUGAGGGAGGGUUUGUGAUUUUCAUGGCUGUUGGAAAGAAGCACAACUUGAUCUACAAAUUCAAAGCUGAGUUCACUGAAGCCCUGUACCCUGCCUUCUGGUUAUUUUCCAGUGGCACUGUUCUCUCUCUAUGCCAAAUGAAACAGUAAGGACUGUCCUUAUUUAUUUCACCUAAGUGCUUACAUGCAGGUAAUCAGUCCUGCAGCAACUCUUUGUAUGUUUUAGUCUAAGAAGUCUCGAAGAUUGUUCGAGACUAAAAUUAUUAGCUCUUUUAAGCAGCUUGGGAAAUCUGCUGGUUCUUUGGUCUGAAUCGCUAAAGCCUUUAGAUAUAGUGAUUCAGUAAAAUGUUGAUGAUAGUAAAAACUAUAAUGAAAGGUUUAGCAAAGACUUUGAUUGUCCUUCUGAAAGCAAAGUUACGAUACAAACUGUUAAACGUCUUCAGUGCCUUCUGUGGCUUGCUGUAAAGAAUCUCCAGAAUUAAUUUUCAGGUCUAGAUGUGUUUCACAGGUAGCAGUAACCCCUUUAGCAAGGAAUUCUUCCUUGCUAAAUUCAGGUUCCAGGCUUUGUGGUAGGUCUCAGUGUUGCCUUUUUCUCUGUACGCAGACUGUUCAUAGUCAGGAUCUGCAAUGUACACGUUGCCAGUGUACGACUCCAUGAGAUGGUACAGAGUGAACUAUUAAAAUCACUAAGUUCAGGUUUUAUGAUGCUAAGUUAUAAAAGCUAGUAUGUCAAAUCUGAUCAGAAUGGAAAUGCAGAGACUUCUAGAGUUGAUGGAUAAGAAAUGGUGUCAGAAUCACCAGGAAAUAUAUGGCAUUGACUCAGAGACUGGGAGUACGCCAGUCUUCAGGAAGACAGCCUGCAAAGCAGUAGUGUGCUCCCUGUAAUACAGUUUGUGGGAUGAAGCAUUCUGUCUCAUGUUGUGACCCAGAACCUGCUUCACAUCUUCACACCGAAGGCUCUUUGUGUGCUGAGUUCAGGGAGUGCUUUUUUUGGCUUGUGUAGGGAGCAUAAAGGUGCUGUUUGCUUAAAGCAGGGUCUCCUGUUGUAAAGCUUUUCCUCUUUGGGAGGCAGGAUAUUCUCUGUUGGUGCAUCUGUAGUAGUUUGGGUGGCAGACACUGGAUUUCCUACGUGUUCCUGGCACUCUGAUUUGAGGAGUCUCAAGACAGUAUGCACAGUGCCUAGAAAAUGCUGUUUCAUCUCUGUUCGAAGCCUGUAGGCAGAGAGCUGAAUCUCUCGAAACAUACAGGGAAUUAGCACAAAGGAGAGUAUAUGUCCAUUCCCACGAGGAUGUAUUUUUAAUUCUCCUGGUGUCCUUUUCUUUGGGUUGUGGUGUCUUCAGAAGUCCUCGCUCUGUACAGGGGGAUCUGUAUUUUUGCAUUUCUUACAACUUUAAAACAACCAGUAGGGAAUCAAGGUAUUUGGAUCUCAUAGUAACUGGGCCUGUAACUUGUUAAUGCCUCUGGAAUCACUGUGCUAGCUCUGAUUUCUUGUAGGAGCCCAUGAAGAACAGGGGAGCUCGCUUGAGAGACUUCCUGGGCUUUGAUUUGCAAAACUCCCCCUUACGGGACUGGGUGACAUAAACCAGCGGCUGCUGGCAGUGUGGAAGGGAGUUGUCGGAAGGCUCAGAAGAACCUCUGGGACAACAUUUCACAUUCGCCAAAGUGCUUUAGAGGGAGACUUGCAGGAAUUCAGGCUUGGCAUCUCUGUUUUUACUUGGUUUGUAAACUCUUAGUACUUUGUGUAAGUCUAGUAAGAGGCUUCCAGUUCCUUGGGCAGAACAGGAUACGGAAUUGGUGGUGGACCUCAGCGUGCCAGGGCUGUCCUGUCUCAAGGGUCUCAGCAUCCCAAAGCACAGCCAGCACUAAAACUACCAAACUAAGCAGAAGACUCCAGAAGGUGCAGGAAGGAGGAUGUGUCCUGCUAGGAGCAACAAUGAACACAAGGCUUUUCCUCCUGCACCUCCAGUUUUUCAGCAGCGAGGGACAAGAGCAGUUUCCUCUGGGAAAUCCUGGCCCUUUAGCCGCUUGGCUGUGCCGCAGGGCUGCAGAUCCCCUUGGCAGGGUGCAGAAGGAGUAGCUGCCCCCUUGUUCACGGGGGGGAAAAAAGUGCUCUGGCAGUUUGUGCAGUGGAGAAAGUCCACAUUUCCUAUUGCUUGCUUCUUGACUUUCAGGCGGGAUUAAUACCAACCUCUAAGACUAUGGGCUUCUUUAGCUACAGUCUGGAGUGAUACUCAAGCAGAGUAAAGGAGAGGGGUUUUAUUCUGCCACACUGGACAAGGUGGGAUGCUUUACCUGUGACACUGGUGUAUGACCAACACUGUAAAACAUUUAAGGUGUGUGGGAUUACCACAGGCAGUGAUACAAGCCUGCUGCUGUAUUCCUGGUUCUCUUUUUUGUUUGUUUUGUGCUAUGAACGACUAGAAAUGCUAGAAUGAGGUUCUUUUAAAUUGGAAUUCAAUGAGAAACGCGUAACUGAAUUACGCUCCUGAAAACUGUUAUUUUCAUUAGCUUCAGAUAUCUUUGGAUAUAUUGAAACAUCAGGGUGACAAAACAUUAGAAAAAAAAAAUACCAGUUACAGCACGACAAAUAAUGGUGCAAAAGCCUUUUCAACACAACUGAAGUGUUUUACUCAGCCAGUAACUAGCAAAGCUGUACUGGUUUUAAACAAAAUGUAGAUACGAGCAUGUGUUUUAAUUAUACUUAUUUUUUUUAACAGUAUGAAGUAUCCAACUUAUCCAGUCUAGAAAAAGAACCAAUUCUGGUGUUAAUAAAACCAUGAAGAUGUGGAAUGAUUUGCAUAUUAAUGAACAACUGAGAAUAAACAGAGAAACGUUUUCCCACUGAAAAUACACUAUCUGUUUAAAUUUAAUCUUUUCUUCAAUAAAACCCAUCAGUAAAAUACUGCAGUUAGAAAAAUAAAUGCUUAUGUAAUAAUAAACCUGUUGAUGGUUCUGCUAUAUCAGCCAUGUACUUCAUGGUAUUUCAUAUAUAUUUAUCAGCUAGACAUCCUUGUCAGGGCAGUAGACGUAGAUUUUACGCCAUCUGUUUUAUGUGUGUGCUUGUACCUGUUCUAGAAGUUGACUGUUGAUCUUUUCAGCUAGAAAGUGAAUGAACGAUGACGUUCUGAAUUCAAUAAAUAUUCAUGGUAAACCCUAA